AUGGCGCUCCUAACCCAUCUAUUAGUAUUAUAUGCAUCAUGUCUCACUCUCGUCCCUGCCCUAAUCGUCAAUUCCUUCCCCAAUAAACCACGAGUCUUCGUCCUCUCGGACAUCUCCAAUGAACCGGAUGACGCCCAGUCACUCGUUCGAUACCUCACGUACAGUAACCAGUUCCAGACGGAAGGCAUCGUGGCCACGACAUCAACCUGGCUGAAGAACGAGACCGACCCAGAGGCCAUGUUCGACAUCAUCGACGCAUAUGAGCAGGUCGUCGACAAUCUGAACCACCAUGCGCCAGCGGAUUCCCAGUAUCCUUCCGCAGAGCAUAUGCGCAGUCUAGUCCGCGCAGGAUCUCCGGUCUUUGGUAUGGCCGCCCUAGCCCCCAACGCGACCUUCAGCGCUGGGGCCGAGCUCCUCCUCGACCGCAUUCAGGCCGCCGCAAACAGCAGCUCCCCCCUCUGGGUCCUCGCCUGGGGCGGCACCAACGUCCUCGCGCAAGCCCUCGUCAAACUCCACAAGGACAACUCCCCAGACAAAGCCGCUGCCCUCCGACAGAACCUCCGCAUCUACACCAUCUCCGACCAGGACGACACAGGCGCCUGGCUGCGCCAGCAGUGGCCAGAUCUAUUCUGGAUCAACUCCAUCCACGGCUGGAACCAGUACGGCAUGUCUGCCUGGGUCGGGAUAUCGGGCGAUGAAUUCUAUGGUGUCGACAAGGGCGGCGCAAACAGCACCCUGGUAAGCAACGCCUGGAUCAAAGAGAACCUCCAAAUCGGGACCUUGGGUGCCGCAUACCCGGAUGUGGCAUUUACCAUGGAAGGGGAUACGCCGUCGUUUCUCUAUCUCAUUCAGAAUGGACUGGGGGUGUCGGAGCACCCCGAGUAUGGGUCGUGGGGCGGUCGGUAUCAGUUGGUGACUCCCAAUCAGAACGGACUAGGUUUCAGGCAUUAUGCGGACGUGCAGGACCAAGUGGUGGGUCUUAAUGGGGACACGUUCAAGUCGAAUAAGGCGACGAUUUGGCGGUGGCGGGAUGCGUAUCAGCAUGAUUUCGCGGCGCGCAUGCGCUGGACGUUGACGGAUGAUGUGACAAAGGCUAAUCACCAUCCCCUGGUGAAGGUGAACGGGAGUUCGGGCUUGGAGCCUGUCGAUGUUUAUGGGGUUGCUGGCUCGGAGGUUAUCGUGGAUGCUGGUGAGUCGGUGGAUCCGGAUGGGGAUGAGUUGACCUUCAACUGGAUUUAUUAUCCUGAGCCCAGUACCAUUAACGGGGCCCCGGAUGUCAACGUUACGACUUUUGGGUCGCGUGGCGAACGUGCCAGGUUGCCGGUUCCGGUUAUCAAUAGGACCUGCGAGGCAGGCAUCGAGCAUUGUGAUCUGUUCCAUUUCAUUCUGGAGGUUAAGGAUUCAGGUUCGCCGCCGUUGACUACCUAUCGUCGAAUCUUGUUGCAUGUUGUUAAGUCCGGCUCCAAGUAG